AUGUCGAGCGAUCACCAGAUCACACGGCCGAAGCCCCCACCAGAUCCUGCAUACCUGGCAGGACCCGCCUUUGCCAUGGCGUACCAGCAUUUCUCGAAGCUGUGGAACUACUCCUGGGAGAACGCCAGCGCAGCCAGCAAUAACUCUAAUGAGUUGAGGAUCCACAUCAAGCAUGCUCUUCCAUGCAGGACGCUGCAGAGGCUUUUCAUGUCGAGUGUCACGCAUUCUCGCUGCCCUGGACUAGACCGGGUUAAGGACCCAUGUCCCUACGCCAUGACCCUCGAUCAACAAGACGCACAUGUGCGGAACCCAGCAAACCGACCCUAUCAAGAAGACAGUCCAGAACACCAGUGUUCCCCGCAAAAUGUACCACCCUUGAAGACGAAGAUGUUUCGAAACAAAAUCAACGGCCCUUUCUAUUCGUCCGUGUAUGGUAUCGCAUGA